AGUAGUAGCGACCAUGAAGAACUCCACCAGCUCAGCCAUCCCUUCCUAUUCCCUAAACCUCUUCCAUGGCACACUUGAUUUGUCCUGCAUUGGCUUUUCAUCCACUCUCUUUAACUUUUCAAAUGCUACUGAUCAUUUUCUUCUUAUGAUCUUCAUUUUCUUGUUCCUAAUUGUCACUUACCAAACACUGUACAACAAGAAGAAUAUGACAAAGGGUGGUGUUCUCUCACUGCCUCCUGGUCCAAAACCAUGGCCUAUAGUUGGGAACCUUCCUGAAAUGCUCACCAACAAGCCGACAUUCCGAUGGAUACACAAGUUGAUGGAGGACAUGGACACAGACAUUGCUUGUAUCCGUCUCGGAAAUGUUCAUGUCAUUCCUGUCACAUGUCCUCGAAUUGGACGUGAGUUCUUGAAGAAACAAGAUGCAACCUUCUCAUCGAGGCCUGUUUGCAUGGCAGCCAAUCUCACCAGCCACGGAUACCUAACAACAGCUCUCGUCCCUCUGGGUGAACAAUGGAAGAAAAUGAAGAGAGUGAUUACUUCUGAGGUGCUUUCGUCGGCAAGACUUCGAUGGCUUCACCACAAAAGAGCUGAAGAAGCUGAUCACCUUGUCCGAUAUGUCCAUAACCAAUGUGAGAACCCGGGCACAGGAGGCAUAGUGAAUGUGAGAAACGCGGCGAGGCACUAUUGUGGUAAUGUGAUAAGGAAGAUGAUAUUCAACAAGAGGUUUUUCGGGGAAGGUAGAGCGGAUGGAGGACCGGGGAGUGAGGAAGAAGAGCAAGUCAACGCGUGUUUCACCAUUCUUGAGUACCUGUAUUCGUUCUGUGUUUCUGAUUAUGUUCCAUGGUUGAGAGGGAGGGUUGAUUUAGAUGGUCAUGAGAAGAUCAUUAGGAAAGCUACUGCAAGUGCAAGAAAGUAUCAAGAUCCCGAAAUCGAUGAAAGGAUGCGACAAUGGAGGAGUGGUGCAAAGAAGGUGGAAGAGGACUUGCUUGAUGUUCUAAUUAGGGCCAAGGAUACAAAUGGUAACCCAUUACUGUCAGCAGAAGAGAUCAAAGCACAAAUCCUUGAACUAAUGAUAGCAACAGUGGACAAUCCAUCAAAUGCUGUGGAGUGGGCACUUGCUGAGAUGCUAAAUCAACCUGAGAUGCUUCAAAAGGCAGUAGAGGAAAUGGAGAGGGUGGUUGGGAAAGACAGACUUGUCCAAGAAUCCGAUCUCCCGCGGCUCAACUACAUCAAGGCAUGUGCUAGAGAGGCCUUCCGGCUCCACCCAUUCGCGCCCUUCAACGUUCCUCAUGUGUCAGUGUCCGAUACAACCGUGGCUGGGUACUUCAUCCCUAAGGGUAGUCAUGUCCUUCUCAGCCGUCCAGGACUUGGCCGUAACCCUAAAGUCUGGCCGGACCAACCACUCAAGUUCAAGCCGGAGCGUCACCUGAAGGACGAUGGCUCGGAUGUGCUACUGUCUGAACCGGACUUGAGUAUGUUAUCGUUCAGCACCGGGAGGCGUGGAUGUCCUGGGAUCACACUGGGGUCUACCAUAACUACCAUGUUGUUGGCUAGGCUUCUUCAGGGGUUCACAUGGAGUGUGCCACCAAAUGUGUCCAGCAUUGACCUCACUGAGUCACUGGAUAAUCUCAAUCUUGCUAAGCCACUUCUUGCACUUGCAAAGCCUCGUUUGGAAGAAAACUUAUACCCUGCACCUUUAAAUUAAGUACACCCUUCAAAGUAAUAGAGAGUAAUUUAUGUAUUAAUUUUCGGACAAUAUUUACCUACUCACAGGUAAAAAAGUGAUCCCUACGUGUCACUGAUAUGGUCUAUUCAUAAAUAAACAUAUUUCAUGUAAUUUCAAAAUCAAGAAAAUGAUAAAUGUGGCUGAGUUUGAUAUUUUACAAA